AUGGAUUCCAUGGAAAUCGAUGACGACGUAUAUAUCAAUAAGAACCUGACAAUGGAAGGCCUCAUUACCAAAGUGGAUUUUCAGAGAAAAAAGCAGCCCUCUAGAUGUGUGAAUGUGUGUCUUGGAUUACUGUGCGCCGUCCUGUUGGCUGGUAACAUUGCACAGAUUAUCUACUAUCAGAUAAUCAGCCAUUUUGCGUUGGCAGACCCAGCGCAGGCCAGUUACAGCCCUGAAGGAGGUCAACUGCAGAGCAGUUACGAUGCUUUAACUGCAGAGAGAAAAGAGUUAGAGGCCAGAUUGAGUAACCUGACCAAGGAAAAAGACGAGCUGCAGGAAGUUUACAAUUCUGUGACUACUGAAAGAGAUGACUUCAACGCCAGGUUUAAUAAUCUGAAACACGAGAAGGACCAGUUACAAGCAAGUUACAGCACCUUAAAACAAGCGAGCGAUCAAUUAAAGAUGAGCUAUAAUGACACGCAGAGGAAUCUUGAGUGGUUACAGACUAAUCACCAUAAUCUGACAGCCAUUAGAGACCAGCUACAGGUCAAUUACAAUAACCUACAAAGAGAACAUGAUAAGUUACAGACUUUUUUUCAUCGGUUAGAGGGGAAUUACUCUUCGCUCAAUAGGGACAGGGAGCAGCUGCUAGGAAACUACAAUACACUGACUAUGAGUAAAAAUCACCUUCAGAUCAGCUAUAAUUCAAUGUGGAAAGAAAAAGAACAAUUGAAAACUAGCUACAAUACUCUACAGAAGGAAAAAGAGCUUUUACAGACCAAUUGCAGCAGCUUGGCUAUAGACAGAGAUCAGCUACAGAAGAAGAUCGACAAAGCAAGAAGAAAAAUUGUCUGUCAGACAGGCUGGUUCAAGUUCGACAUCAGCUGUUACUUUGUUUCAACUUUGAAGAAAAACUGGACGUUAAGCAGGCAAGACUGCAUCACCAGGGGAGCAGAUCUGGUUGCCAUAGACGGCAUGGAUGAACAGGUAUUUGUCCAUCGGUUACUGAGAACUGGCCAAAAUGCCUGGAUUGGUCUGACUGACAGUCUUAAAGAGGGGACUUGGAUGUGGGUGGAUGGGGAGCCAGUAACAACAUCGUACUGGCAGCCCGGGCAGCCCAACAGCUAUAAUGGGAACCAGGACUGUGGAGAAAUGGUGGAGAAAUCGGGAAUGGGAGAAUGGAACGAUGAUGGCUGUUUUGCUGAACAGAUCUGGAUCUGUGAAAAAUAACAUUGCAAUGAUUUUCACAGUUAAUGAAGGUGUGAGGCUUUGGUCUGUGGUUUAUAUCUUCAAUAUUUAUUAUAUUGAAUAUAUUAUAUUAUUACUUUCCCUUAAAAUCAUCCCAUUGUUAGUUUGCCAAAUUAUCAUUAGCUUUCAUGAUUUUAAAUCUAAACUUUGAAGCAGAACAUUGUUAAUAAUUUCAUAAAUUUGAUAUUCAACUGGUGAAUAUAGUUUGUGCGUGUGUAAUCGAAUAUAAAUUGCUUGGUU